GAGGCAACAACAAACCACUAGAACUAACAAAAAUUUAUCGUUGUGUUUGUGUUUCAUACCAUACCGGUAUUGAACAAUAAUGAAAUUCGACCAUUAUACAGCAACUAGUCAACUUACAUAUAUCUGCAGGUCUAACAAUCGAUAAUCUCAGCUUCGCUACCACCAGAUCGACUGAAAAUCAAAACUAAAGCAUAUAUUUCUCUCGUUCUCACUGCCUACUGUUCUUGUAAGGUUUUUACAUCUGGCCUUAGCUUAAAGUGAAGUGGAAUACAGGCACUAGUGCCUGAAUUAAUUACUGUCUAUUAAAAUACCAGCACAGCUGAUAUUGCUCUUACCGUUUUGCGGCCAUCUGGCAACCCUGCGAAGUCAUUGCAUGUAAUUUCAAGAAAAUAACAUCAAGUUACGUAUUCGUGUGCCAAGGAGGUCCACAAGAGGGGAAAAACUUCUGGGAACGAUGUUGAAGGGACUGCAGCAUGUUAGAAGUCUGCUGCAAGGCGGAUCCCGCCAAUUCGCACAGAUACAAAAUUUGACAGAACUUUAUUGUGGCUUCAGGCGGGAACUCCGUCUCCUGCCGCUUAGCCGGCGACAGGUUCUCAAGAUGCAAGCGGAGUACAAAGCGGUUGUGGGCCUGAUAUCACGCUCUCUGCAGCUAACGCCGAACGAGGUGCGUAAAAUGCAUCUGCGCUGCAUGAGCACGGGUAAAUCAGACAAAUCCCCUGACAGCAAGAGCAGCAACACUGGCGAUGCCAGCAAACAAACUAAGUCAUCCACGUCCGGUGACGACGAUUCUGUCAAGGAGAAACCACUGUCGGCAGCGCCCACAUCUCACAGUAGCAGCAGCACCACCAAAGCCAACACAGAUCAGUCAUCGGCCGAUGCCACCUCUGGUAGCAGUUCCAGCAGCGAUCCUGGUGAAGACGGGAAAAAGAAAAGCGAUGAGAAAAUGCGUUCAGUGUUAACCAAGGCUGUGAUCUGGUUGUUCACCAUCUACAUGUUUGUGGCAUUCUUCUCAUUGCUGAUCACCCCACGGUCGGAAAAGCCCGAGGGCUCGACGCGAUACGUGUCGUGGAAUGAGUUUGUGCAUCACAUGCUGGCCGUGGGCGAGGUGAAAGAGCUGAUCAUACGGCCCGACAUGGAAAUGGUAACAAUUAUACUUCACGAAGGGGCCGUUAUCAAGGGCAGGAAAGUGACCUCAACCAUAUUUCACAUGGCUGUGGCUGAUGCCACCAAAUUUGAGGAGAAGCUUCGCGACGUGGAGAAGCGUCUGGGCAUCAAGGAUGGUGUACCUGUCACUUACGAUCGCCAGUCAGACACUACGGGACGCAUCCUUAUGCUGCUGCUCAUCUGUGCUCUAUUCAUGUUCAUUGCCACGCGUAUGAAGAGUAUCAAGAGUCCGCUCAGCAUGGACUCGUUUAAUCAAAUGGGUCGUGCCAAGUUCACACUCGUGGAUCCCUUUGACGGCGGACGUGGCGUACUAUUCCGAGACGUGGCAGGUCUGAACGAGGCUAAGCAGGAGGUUAAGGAGUUCGUUGACUAUUUGAAGACGCCGGAAAAGUAUCAGCGCCUGGGCGCCAAGGUGCCACGCGGAGCCUUGCUCCUGGGUCCGCCUGGCUGCGGAAAAACGCUUCUGGCCAAAGCAGUGGCCACAGAGGCUCAAGUGCCUUUUCUCAGUAUGAACGGAUCUGAAUUCAUAGAGAUGAUUGGCGGAUUAGGUGCCGCACGCGUGCGUGAUCUCUUUAAAGAGGGCAAGAUGCGGGCGCCUUGUAUCAUCUACAUAGAUGAGAUCGACGCCAUCGGACGCCAGCGGUCUGGCACAGAGAGCAUGGGCCAGGGUGGCUCUGGUGAGUCGGAACAAACGCUCAAUCAGCUUCUCGUCGAAAUGGACGGCAUGGCCACCAGGGAAGGUGUCCUCAUGCUGGCCAGCACGAAUCGGGCCGAUAUUCUAGACAAGGCUCUGUUACGACCUGGCCGCUUUGAUCGCCACAUACUCAUCGACCUGCCCACGCUGCAGGAGCGCAAGGAGAUAUUCGAGAAGCAUUUGUCUUCAGUCAAGCUGGACUCCCCGCCCAGCUCCAUGUCACAACGCCUGGCACGCCUUACGCCCGGCUUUUCUGGCGCCGACAUUGCCAACGUCUGCAAUGAGGCCGCUCUUCAUGCGGCCCGAAACACGCAGACAGAGGUCAGCACAAGGAACCUGGAGUACGCCGUCGAGCGUUUAGUUGGUGGCACUGAAAAGCGUUCGCAUGCGUUGUCUCUGGCAGAGCGCAAGGUUAUUGCUUACCACGAAUCCGGUCAUGCCCUUGUAGGCUGGAUGCUGCCUCAUUCGGACAUCCUGCUCAAAGUUACCAUUGUGCCGCGCACCAGCUUGGCCCUGGGCUUUGCCCAGUACACGCCCAGCGAGCAGCAUCUGUACAGCAAGGAGGAGCUAUUCGACAAGAUGUGCAUGGCCCUGGGGGGACGCGCGGCUGAAAACUUAGUCUUCAAUCGCAUUACGACUGGGGCCCAGAACGAUCUGGAAAAGGUCACAAAGAUCGCCUAUUCUCAGAUCAAGAAGUUUGGCAUGAGCAAGAUCCUAGGACCCAUCUAUAUCCGAGAUGCAGACGAGUCCGAGGGUGGGGACUCCGGCGGUGGCGCAAAACCCUAUUCCCGAGCCAUGGAAACCAUGAUCGACAACGAGGCCCGCAGUGUCGUGACUCAAGCCUACCAGAUAUCCGAGGGCAUACUCGUCAAACACCGCGACAAGUUAGAUAAGUUGGCCGAGGCUCUUCUGGAAAAGGAAACAUUGGACUACGAUGAUGUUGUAAAACUGAUUGGGCCGCCGCCUCAUGAUCCGGAGAAGCGCCAGGUGGAAUCCGUUGAGUUCGAGCAGUCGCUUCAAAAUCUUGGCAAUGAUACGAACACACCUCAGAUCUAAGCAGUCAUUUGUCGCCUGCUGCACAACCUAAGCCGCUCACCUUUUCGCCGCUCGCACCCCUUGGUUCAUGUUCAAUAAAUGUAAAUAAAGUUGUUUACCUUUUUAAACGA